UGUAACCAUCCUGACAUGAGGUCGACCGGGAUUUAAUUGUACAGUUGUACAGUUGUACUAGAAGGUACUACAGAAGGCGAGUCCCUGCCCUUCCUCAAGUUAAACCCCGCCAAUGAUCUGCGUUGACUGACAUUUAUUCCACUAUUUCACUAAUCUACUACUACAUUUAUUCUUUCCCUACUAAAACAACAGCCACAUACAUAUUCACGACCUUACGAACUCAAGUUUUAUUCAUUCGCGCCUUGGUUAUCUCUACCUUGCGAUACAUUCAUAAAACAAGGAGUGGUCCCAGACCUAGACUUAGACCUAGACUUAUUAGACUUCAACAUACAAAAACGCAAAAACCGUAGAGAUAUCGCAAAGAUGGCUCAAUCGACAGCCCACCGCCGGCUCCUCCAAGAGUAUAAGAUGCUGACUAACAACCCUCCUGAUGGUAUUACGGCCGGUCCAGUUAAUGAGGAAGAUAUGCUUCAUUGGGAGGCCCUGAUCCAAGGCCCCGAAGGAACGCCCUUCGAAGGUGGCGUUUUCCCUGCCGAACUCAGGUUCCCCAAAGAUUACCCAUUAGCGCCUCCUAAGAUGACCUUUCUGGGCGAGAUCUUCCACCCCAAUAUCUACCCGAGCGGCCUAGUCUGCAUCUCUAUCCUGCACCCGCCCGGAGACGACCCAAACCACUAUGAGCACGCGUCGGAGAGGUGGAGUCCGAUCCAGUCGGUCGAGAAAAUCCUGAUAUCCGUCAUGAGUAUGCUAGCAGAGCCCAACGACGAGAGCCCGGCCAACGUCGAGGCGGCUAAGAUGUGGCGGGAGAGCCGCGCGGAGUAUGAGAAGAAGGUGCGAGACGGCGUCCGACACAUGCUCGGCCUCUAGUGGGGAGAAAAUACACCACCCUCCGUCACCAAGCUUAUAAAAACCAUGCCUCCUCGCAAGCUUAUCCGAGAGGUCUUCAAUGCUUUCAGGUACCGUCUGGUACCCCCUCCUGGGGUGGACUGGUAUGUUGGGUGAGCAUAAUCACGACACCAUGGCUACGAACUAGAUUCCAUCACGAGGUUAUGAUGAUAGGGGAUGAGGGUGUUGAAAUGGGCUGUAGUCAAGUUAGCUUCAAGGCAAAAUAGAUGAUUUACAAUGGAGCGACUAAGGAUAGCGGGAUAGCGGGAUAGCAACAGCAUCUCAUGAUAACUUCAUAAUACAUGAAGGGAUGAAGAACUGGCCUGUUUCCGGGGUGGGUUUUUUUAUAAUAAUCAUGCAUAGCGAAGGUGUUCAGGUUGUGUAUUUGCAUAAAUUAUAUACACAAACAAGAUUACUACUAGGAUCACAAGGACCACUACGUACGUGUUCGCAUCAAUGUUUACGGAUGACCCUUUCAAAAGUUUUGUCCAUAGGGCGCCCCUGUCAGGGCCGACGCGCACUGA